ACUUCCUCUACCCGGUUGGCAGGCGGCCUGGCCCAGCCCCUUCUCUAAGGAAGCGCAUUUCCUGCCUCCCUGGGCCGGCCGGGCUGGAUGAGCCGGGAGCUCCCUGCUGCCGGUCAUACCACAGCCUUCAUCUGCGCCCUGGGGCCAGGACUGCUGCCGUCACUGCCAUCCACUGGAGCCCAGCACCCCCUCCCCGCCCAUCCUUCGGACAGCAACUCCAGCCCAGCCCCGCGUCCCUGUGUCCACUUCUCCUGACCCCUCGGCCGCCACCCCAGAAGGCUGGAGCAGGGACGCCGUCGCUCCGGCCGCCUGCUCCCCUCGGGUCCCCGCGCGAGCCCACGCCGGCCCUGGUGCCCACCCGCAGCCCUGCCCCUGGACACUGGAUAAGGCCCAGCGCACAGGCCCCCACGUGGACAGCAUGGACCGCGGCACGCUCCCUCUGGCUGUUGCCCUGCUGCUGGCCGGCUGCAGCCUCAGCUCCACAAGUCUUGCGGAAACAGUCCAUUGUGACCUUCAGCCUGUGGGCCCCGAGAGGGGCGAGGUGACAUAUACCACUAGCCAGGUCUCGAAGGGCUGCGUGGCUCAGGCCCCCAAUGCCAUCCUUGAAGUCCAUGUCCUCUUCCUGGAGUUCCCAACGGGACCGUCACAGCUGGAGCUGACUCUCCAGGCAUCCAAGCAAAAUGGCACCCGGCCCCGAGAGGUGCUUCUGGUCCUCAAUGUAAACAGCAGUGUCUUCCUGCAUCUCCAGGCCCUGGGAAUCCCACUGCACUUGGCCUACAAUUCCAGCCUGGUCACCUUCCAAGAGCCCCCAGGAGUCAACACUACAGAGCUGCCAUCCUUCCCCAAGACCCAGAUCCUCGAGUGGGCAGCUGAGAGGGGCCCCAUCACCUCUGCUGCCGAGCUGAAUGACCCUCAGAGCAUCCUCCUCCGACUGGGCCAAGAUGAAACGGAGGCCCGGGUACUUGCACAGGGUCACUUGGCAGCCCAGGGGUCACUGUCCUUCUGCAUGCUGGAAGCCAGCCAGGACAUGGGCCGCACACUCGAGUGGCGGCCGCGUACUCCAGCCUUGGUCCGGGGCUGCCGCUUGGAAGGCGUGGCCGGCCACAAGGAGGCGCACAUCCUGAGGGUCCUGCCGGGCCACUCGGCUGGGCCCCAGACGGUGACGGUGAAGGUAGAACUGAGCUGUGCACCUGGGGAUCUCGAUGCUGUCCUCAUCCUGCAGGGUCCCCCCUACGUGUCCUGGCUCAUCGACGCCAACCACAACAUGCAGAUCUGGACCACUGGAGAAUACUCCUUCAAGAUCUUUCCAGAGAAAAACAUUCGUGGCUUCAAGCUCCCAGACACACCUCAAGGCCUCCUGGGGGAGGCCCGGAUGCUCAAUGCCAGCGUUGUGGCAUCCUUCGUGGAGCUACCGCUGGCCAGCGUUGUCUCACUUCGCGCCUCCAGCUGCGGUGGUAGUCUGCAGACCUCACCCGCACCGAUCCAGACCACUCCUCCCAAGGACACUUGCAGCCCGGAGCUGCUCAUGUCCCUGAUCCAGACAAAGUGUGCCGAUGACGCCAUGACCCUGGUACUAAAGAAAGAGCUUGUUGCGCAUUUGAAGUGCACCAUCACGGGCCUGACCUUCUGGGACUCCAGCUGUGAGGCCGAGGACAGGGGUGACAAGUUUGUCUUGCGCAGCGCUUACUCCAGCUGUGGCAUGCAAGUGUCAGCAAGUAUGAUCAGCAAUGAGGCGGUGGUCAAUAUCCUGUCGAGCUCAUCGCCACAGCGGAAAAAGGUGCACUGCCUCAACAUGGACAGCCUCUCUUUCCAGCUGGGCCUCUACCUCAGCCCACACUUCCUCCAGGCCUCCAACACCAUUGAGCCGGGGCAGCAGAGCUUUGUGCAGGUCAGAGUGUCCCCAUCCAUCUCCGAGUUCCUGCUCCAGCUAGACAGCUGCCACCUGGACUUGGGGCCUGAGGGAGGCACCGUGGAACUCAUCCAGGGCCGGGCGGCCAAGGGCAACUGUGUGAACCUGCUGUCCCCAAGCCCCGAGGGCGACCCGCGCUUCAGCUUCCUCCUCCACUUCUACACAGUACCCAUACCCAAAACCGGCACCCUCAGCUGCACUGUAGCCCUGCGUCCCAAGACCGGGUCUCAAGACCAGGAAGUCCAUAGGACUGUCUUCAUGCGCUUGAACAUCAUCAGCCCUGACCUGUCUGGUUGCACAAGCAAAGGCCUCGUCCUGCCCGCCGUGCUGGGCAUCACCUUUGGUGCCUUCCUCAUCGGGGCCCUGCUCACUGCCGCACUCUGGUACAUCUACUCGCACACGCGUUCCCCCAGCAAGCGGGAGCCCGUGGUGGCGGUGGCUGCCCCGGCCUCCUCGGAGAGCAGCAGCACCAACCACAGCAUCGGGAGCACCCAGAGCACCCCCUGCUCCACCAGCAGCAUGGCAUAGCCCCGGCCCCCCGCGCUCGCCCAGCAGGAGAGACUGAGCAGCUGCCAGCUGGGAGCACUGGUGUGAACUCAUCCUGGGAGUCAGUCCUCCACUCGACCCAGGAUGGAGCCUGCUUUCCGUGCCCACCCUUCCCGCCUCCCUCUCAAGAGGCCUGCUGCCAGUGCAGCCACUGGCUUGGAACACCUUGGGGUCCCCCCACCCCACAGAACCUUCAACCCAGUGGUUCUGGGAUAUGGCUGCCCAGGAGAGAGACCACUUGCCAUGCUGUUGUAAAAACCCAAGUCCCUGUCAUUUGAACCUGGAUCCAGCACAUGUGAACUGAGCUGGGCAGGAAGGGAGAACUUGAAACAGAUCCAGGCCAGCCCAGCCAGGCCGACAGCACCUCCCCCCUGGGAACAGAAGAGGGCCCAGCCCAGAGCCACCUGGAUCUAUCCGUGCGGUCUCCACACCUGGACUUGCCUAACUGGCAGGGGAGACAGGAGCCUAGCGGAGCCCAGCCUGGGAGCCCAGAGGGUGGCAAGAACAGUGGGCGUUGGGAGCCUAGCUCCUGCCACAUGGAGCCCUCUCUGCCGGUCAGACAGCCAGCAGAGGGGGAGUAGCCAAGCUGCUUGUCCUGGGCCCGCCCCUGUGUAUUCACCACCAAUAAAUCAGACCAUGAAACC